ACUGCAGUGUUCGCUCGGUAAAAAUAAAACCCAUCUAAAAUGUCUCAACAGCAGCGUUUACAUGUAACAAUUACACGAUAUCGAGAACGCCCAUAUGUAGAUGCCCUCUCUCUCUCUCAGUCUUAACAGCGCAUGUCCUAUUUAGCUACAGGCACAGUUGGCAGCACGUCGAUCCUGGCAUCCAUUGACAAAGUUCUUCUGAAGGGAACUGUAAAUUGUUUUUGACAGCAAUGUCUUACAUCAGUAGACUUAUCUUCUAUGUCAAUGGAAAGAAGAUUGAAGUUGAGAAUCCAGACCCAGAAGUUACUUUGCUGCAAUAUUUGCGGUGUAACUUAAGACUGACAGGAACUAAACUAGGAUGUGGCGAAGGUGGUUGUGGUGCAUGUACUGUCAUGGUCUCAAGAUAUUUACCAAAUGAUGACAAAAUACAACACUACAGUGUCAAUGCAUGUCUGGCUCCAUUGUGCUCUAUGCAUGGUCUGGCUGUCAUCACUGUGGAAGGCAUUGGAAACAUGCAAGCUGGCCUUCACCCAGCACAGGAAAGACUAGCUUCUGCUCAUGGGUCUCAGUGCGGCUUUUGUACUCCUGGGUUUGUCAUGUCUAUGUACACACUUCUUCGGAACCAUCCAACACCUUCUGCACUGCAGCUGGAAUCAGCCUUUGAUGGGAACCUUUGCCGUUGCACUGGUUAUCGUCCUAUUAUUGAUGGCUACAGAUCAUUUAUGAAGGGGGAUUGUAAGAGCAAGAAUUGCUGCAUGGAUAAUUAUGCACAGAGUGGAUGUGGGAAGAAUAACUGUUGCAUGGUUGGAGGAAAAAAUGCCAGCCUGACUUCUAUUGAUGGAUCUGCUGAGAAGAUAAAAAAUUCUCAAGAAAAAGUAACUUUGUAUGAUCCUACACAAGAACCUAUUUUUCCUCCAGAUCUCAAAAUUAAUCAGAGGAAUCUUCAAAGCCAGCCUUUGAAAUUUACGAGUGACCGCAUCACUUGGUAUCGACCAAUCCUGAAAGAGCUUUUGAGAUUAAAACAGCAGCAUCCUGACUGCCGAAUGGUUAUUGGCAACACGGAAAUAGGAAUUGAGACAAAGUUUAAGAAGCAGUACUAUCCAGUCCUUGUUGCUGUUACCAAUGUUGCUGAGUUGUUAGCUGUGGAGUACACCGAGGAAGGGAUCAGGUUUGGCUCAUCUGUCACUCUGAGCACACUGGACAACACGUUAAAAGAGGCUGUGAGAAAAAUGCCAGAGUCCAAGACUAGAAUAUUCUCAGCAUUCCUUGAGAUGUUGCAGUGGUUUGCUGGGCAUCAAAUACGAAAUGUUGCAGCACUGGGUGGUAACAUCAUGACCGCAAGUCCAAUAUCAGAUCUAAACCCUCUCCUUUUGGCAUGUGGGGCUGUGCUUCAAGUUGUUGGCAUAGAUGGCACAGUCAGGAAGAUCAUAAUGGAUUCCAAGUUUUUUGUUGGAUACAGACAAACUGUUGUGCAGAAAUCCGAAAUCCUUGUUUCUGUCCUGAUUCCAUUUUCACAAGAGAAUGAAUACUUCCUUGGAUUUAAGCAAGCCAACCGAAAAGAAGAUGACAUUUCUAUCGUCAAUGCAGGUUUGCGAGUCUUGCUGGAAAAGGAUACAUCAGUUAGUGAUGCAUCAUUUGCCUUUGGUGGCAUGGCCCCAGUCACUGUUAUGGCAACCAAAACCAGAGAAGGCAUUAUUGGACGGAAGUGGAAUGAAGAAUUGCUGUCCAUAGCUUGUCAACUGUUGAUGGAUGAUCUUCCUCUGGAUCCUAGCGCCCCAGGUGGCUUGGUUGCAUUUCGCCGAAGUCUCACUCUCAGCUUCUUCUUCAAGUUUUAUUUGUCAGUUCUGAAGUCUCUUCACAAACAAGAUUUGGCUGUAGAAGUACCUAUAAAACAAAGUUACCUGAGUGCCCUCCAGCCUUUGGAGAGAUCACUGCCUUGUGGUAGUCAGGUGUAUGAAGCUGUACAAGAAGGACAGUCUCCUGAUGAUGCCCUGCACCGGCCUCUUGUUCAUCAGUCUGCCUACAAACAGGCCUCUGGUGAAGCUGUGUACUUAGAUGACAUACCUGUCUCAGAGGGUGAGCUCUUUGCUGCAUUUGUACUCAGCAAGAAAGCCCACGCUCGCCUUGUCAGUGUUGAUGCCACACCUGCACUUGGUAUACCAGGUGUGGUGGACUUCGUCUCGCAUAAAGAUGUGCCAGGUAGCAACGUGUGGGGAGUUGGAGAGGAAAUCUUUGCUUCCUCAGAAGUGGUGCACCAAGGCCAGGUGAUUGGUGUGGUGGUGGCAGAGACACAAGUCAUAGCACAGCGUGCUGCGGCUGCUGUGAAAGUUGAGUAUGAAGCAUUAGACAGCACCAUCACAAUCAAGGAAGCCAUCAAAAAGGGUUCUUUUUUCCCUCCCAAGCAUGAGAUCAAACGUGGGGAUCUUGCAGCAGGUUUUGCAGCAUCUGAUCAUGUUUUGGAAGGGAAGGUUCACAUAGAAGCUCAGGAACAUUUCUACUUGGAAUGUCAUUCUGUGCUGGUAAAGCCAGGUGAAGAUGAUGAGAUGGAGGUGAUUGCAACAACACAAGGGCUUACAGGUGUUCAGGAAUGCCUAGCUCCUGCUUUGGGUGUUCUUCAGCAUAAAAUUGUGGUUCGAACAAAAAGGCUUGGUGGAGGGUUUGGUGGGAAAGAGACCAGAAACAUACCUGUAACACUUCCAGUUGCUGUUGCUGCUAAAAAAUUGAAACGUUCUAUACGCUGUCUCCUGGACCGGCGAUGAGGCAAACUGAUGAUGACAGGAACACGUCAUCCAGUUCUUGGUUGCUACAAGGUGGGGUUUACCUCAAAUGGAAAAAUUCUUGCACUGGAGGUUGACGUGUACCUUAAUGCUGGUGUAUCUACGGAUCUAUCAAUUGGAGUGAUGGACCGUGCAUUAUUCCACGCUGACAACUGUUACAACAUUGCCAACAUUCGGACCACAGGUCACAUGUGCAGAACUAAUCUUCCUUCCAAUACAGCAUUCAGGGGCUUUGGUGGACCUCAGGCCAUGAUAAUUGCAGAAACGUGGAUGAGUCAUGUGGCUUAUUCCCUUAAAAAGCUACCACAUGAGGUGAGAGAGAUGAAUUUCUACCAAGAGGGCAGCUUUACUCACUUUAAUCAGGUUUUGGAGCAAGUGACAUUGCAGCAAUGCUGGAAAGAUUGUUUAAACAUGAGUCAGUUUUCUGAGCGGCGUAAAGAAGUCACCCUCUAUAAUAGUGAAAAUCGUUGGAGGAAAAGAGGACUAGCCAUUAUACCCACCAAAUUUGGACUUUCCUUCGGCAAACUUGAUAUGAACCAGGGUGGGGCACUGGUCCACAUCUAUGUGGAUGGAUCAGUUCUUGUGGCACAUGGUGGUGUUGAAAUGGGACAGGGGCUGCAUACAAAGAUGAUACAGGUUACAAGCAAAGUUCUUCAGAUUCCAACAACAAAAAUCACAAUCCUGGAAACUGCAACUAAUACGGUGCCAAACACUUCACCCACUGCAGCCAGCAUGUCAUCGGACAUUUAUGGGGAAGCUGUCCGGGAGGCUUGUGAGACUCUUCGCACCCGACUGGACAGUUUUAUCCACUCCACUGGCAGGACAGGGAUGAGCUGGGAGGAACUUAUUCGAGCUGCCUAUGAGAGUCGAAUAAAUCUUUCUGCUUCUGGAUUUUGCAUUAUCCCAGACAUUGGCUAUGACUUCAGUACUGGAGAGGGCAAGCCAUUUUCUUAUUAUGCUUAUGGUGUUGCUUGUUCUGAAGUGGAGAUUGAUUGUCUAACUGGAGACCAUGUGGUCUUGCGGACAGAUAUUGUGAUGGAUGUUGGGAAAAGUUUAAACCCAGCUAUUGACGUUGGACAGAUUGAAGGGGCUUUUGUUCAGGGUUAUGGACUAGUGAUGUUGGAGCAGUACAAGGUGCAGCCAGAUGGCACUCUGCUGACACGAGGCCCAGGAACCUACAAGAUCCCUAGCCUGGGCAACAUUCCAAAAGUGUUCAAUGUUUGUCUUCUCCAGAACAGCAGAAACCCCAGAGCUGUUUUCUCAUCUAAGGGCAUUGGGGAGCCUCCAUUAUUUUUGGCUACAUCUGUGCUCCAAGCUGUUCAAGAUGCAGUAGCUUCAGCAAGACAGGAUGCUGGUCUAGAACCUUUCAUUAUCCUGGACACCCCAGCUACCCCAGACAUCAUUCGCAUGGCCUGCCAAGAUCAGUUCACAAAAGAGUUUGAAAACCUUCCUGUGAAUGGACCUGUUCGUCAAUGGUUUGUGAAAUUAUGAUGACUUUAUGACCUUCAGACUUCCCUAAGAAUAUCACCAGCAUUUUUUCAGAAGCUGCAGAAGGUCACAAAGAUCACAUGGCCACAGAUGUUUUGCUUUGUUGUGUUCGUUUGUGAAAUAACACAACAGAUUGUCAGAACUUUGUCUGCAGUGAUAUAUAGGCCAGAUUUUCUUUGCAUUCUUUGGACUUGAGACAAUAAAGGCACACAUGUUUAUGGAAGUAUGUGCGCACUUCUAAAGAUUAAUGAACUACGUUUCUUUGUUAUUCAGACCAGCUGUUGAGAAAAUCAUGUUAGUAAAGAAACAAUUGGAAAACAGUUUCUUGGAUAAUCUGGGUUGUUUAAGAUUUAAGAAACCUGAAUAUUUGGUUUUAUAUUGAAAUUGUAUUCUAAUAUUGUACCCAUAAAGCAUGAGAUACCUACAUCAAUUUGCUUACUUCUUUGCUAUUUAGUCAUUUUAAUAAAUUGGAUAUAAUUUUUAAUUGCUUUUUACAGAGAAGAAAGGACAAAUUAUAAUAAAUAUAUGAUAAAAUGUGGUGGAAUAUAUAAUGUACUUGGAGGGAGUCAUUUUCAAAAUACCUUUGAAAUUUUUGUCUUAGUUGUUUUAGGAUGGAAGUUUGUGAACCUGUCAAGAUAUGCAUUUAUACACAUAAUCAUGAAUUCCAAUUAUAGAAAAAGAAGAGAAACCAAGCUUUUGAAAAACAUAUAUUCAAAUAUAUAUCAUUGUGAGUACAUUGUAUGUGCCAUAUAUUAUUAUUAUUGCUACCAUAUAUUGAGUAGAAACAGCCCUUUUUAAACUACUUUUAUUCUCUUUAAUAAUAUUUAUAUUCUUUAUUGCUUUGUGCUGUUUAUACCCAAAAAAGUUAAUCAAAAUCUGAUAAAAUGCACUUUAAUGUGUAGCAACACUUGGUAUGAAAAUGUGUUGCCUGAUAUCUUUGUCUCUUGAAACGCCUUAGACAUCUCUCAGGGAAACGGGAGAGCUGCUUUGGUAUGUAAGAGUAUGGAGUAUGUGCCUUACCAUUAGUCAGCUUUGUACCUUCAACUUUGUGCUAUGGAUGAUAGGUACUGUCUCGCUAUUAGUUUUAUUAGCUCACAUCACAUUAGCACAAUGGCAUAGAAACCAGGGGGGUAGGGGAGCAGCUGCCCCCUCAAUAAAAGUUCCCUUACCCCGGCAAUGCUUGAAAUGUAAAAAAGGUACAGAAACAGAGAGAGAGAGAGACAAAUCAUUAUUAAGGAAGGUAACAGAAUAAGCAAAAGUUAUGCUUCUUUACAUCUAGUCCUUGAUCUAUAGAAAGGGUGUUUUUUUUUUUUGGCACAAUGGCUUCUAAACCUUGAAUGUGAUUAAUCUGAUAAUAAGUUGAUCAUAUUCUGAAUGUUACAUAAUUUCUUGUGAUAUUAUAUAUUAUUCUUAAUAAAGCAGAUUGACUGGAAAGAUA